AUGGCGACCAAGUUCUGCGUCGGUGGCAUCGAGGUCGCUUUCAGACCAGCGAACCGAGACUUUAGCACGCGCUGGAAGGAUUUCGGUCCCUCCAAGGAAGUGCUUCCGAAGGGAUGGCGGAAAGAGCCAGGUCGUCGCCCUCUGGACAGUGACCUGAUCUUCGAAAGGGAUGUGGCCGUUAUUCUGCGAGAUGGGUGUAAGAUCUAUAUGGACGUCUUUCGACCCCCCUCUUCGGACAGCACGCCAGUCGCAGCUAUUGUGGCGUGGAGUCCGUACGGGAAACAAGGUAACGGCUUUCAGAGUCUUGAUCGUGUCCCCUGGCGGGCUGGGAUUCCAAAAGACUGGACGAGUGACCUUGAGAAGUUUGAGGCUCCAGAUCCUGCCGAAUGGUGUCCACGAGGCUACGCGAUCGUCAAUGUCGACCCUCGCGGCACCUUUGAUUCGGAAGGAGAUCAGGUUGCCCAAGGAACGCAAGAAGGUCGAGAUGGAUACGAUACUGUCGAAUUCAUUGCUUCACACUCUUGGUGCAAUGGCGCCGUUGCCUUUGCUGGCAAUUCGUGGCUCGGAAUCUCUCAGUGGUUCAUUGCGGCCGAAAGACCGCCUCAUCUGAAAGCUAUUGCUCCUUGGGAGGGUUUAGCUGACAACUACAACGAGAUGAUCGGCAGAGGAGGCAUUCCAAACCCUUCAUUCGUAGACUAUCGGGGCGAGGGCUACUGCGGCUUCCUCGAAAUAAUAACAGGCAAGAAGAGUCGUGAAGAUCUCGGAGCGAUGAUUCGCAAGUAUCCGCUCUUCAAUGAAUACUGGGCGGAUAAACGCGCCAAACUUACUCAAAUCAAAGUCCCUGUAUACGCCCUGGCCAGCUUCUCGAGUGGUAUACACACUUUGGGCUCAAUCAAGGGUUUCUUGUUCUCAUCGACAAAAGAUAAAUGGCUUCGAAUUCACCAUACGCAAGAGUGGUAUGACCUUUAUCAAAAAUCGGCAAACGACGAUCUCCAAAAGUUCUUCGACCGCUACCUCUACGGGAAAGACAAUGGCUGGGAGUCAACACCCAGGGUCCGGCACAGCUUGCUCGGUUUCAACAUCCCUUCGGUCGUGGAUCGCCCUGAGGCUGUCUAUCCACCUUCCUAUGUCAAGCACAGAACUUUCUACUUGAAUAGCAAAUUUGCAGCUCUGGACGAGAGCGGUCCACCCGCCGAGCCUUCAACAUCAAGCUACACCUCUGACUCCUGGGACGACGAUGGCGCACACUUCACUUUCACAUUCAGAGAAUAUACCGAACUGAUCGGGUUUUCCCAAGCUAGAUUAUACGUUUCUUGCGCCGAGACGGACGACCUUGAUGUCUACGUAAUCGUUCGCAAAUUGGAUGCCGACGGACAGCCCUUGAAGCACAUCAACAUUCCCCUCGAAAGUCUCCCCACAGGAACCACCCCUGACGACGUCCCGGAUCUUAAUAUCUUCAAGUACCUCGGGCCCAAUGGCAGACUUCGAGCCUCACAUCGCCAGCUGAGCACCGAUCCAAGCAUCUCUGCAGAGCAAAAUGCUAUGCUUGCUCCCGCAGUUGCCUACCAUGCGCACGACAAGGAGGAAAAGAUCCCUCCAGGUCAAAUCGUGUGCCUUGACAUUCCGUUAUGGCCCUCUGGAAUUAUUUUCCAGCCAGGGGAGUCCAUGCGGCUAGAAAUUAAGGGUCAUGAGGUGACAUUGCCAGAGUUUCCGCAGUUGUAUCGCGCAGGCGAGAAUCGCAACCGUGGGAAGCACGUCAUAUACUCCGGAGCAGAACACCCAUCCUCGAUCGUGGUAUCCUUGGCUACAGGUCAGCCUUCCAAGUAG